AGUAAUAAAAUCAGAAUAUCGAAUUUGCUUCGUGUAUUUUGCUACCGUAAGAUUUAAAAACGAAAAGAACACAUAAGAUUCUCAAAAUAUUUAAAAUGGCGCAUCUUACUACGGAUCCAAGUUCCCAACAAAGAUGGAUUGUGAUUUACCCUUCGUAUAUAAAUAACAGAAAGACACAAGAAGAAGGACGAAAGAUAGCCAAAGCAAAGGCUGUGGACAAUCCUAAAGUAUCAGAGAUGAGGGAUGUGUUGCAGUAUCAUAAUUUAAAUUGUGUUGUAGAAGAGAAUAAGCAAUACCCACGUGAUAGCUUCAAAGAUGCUUUCUGCAAAGGACGCGUACGAGUUCAACUGAAAACAAGUGAUGGUGUACCAUGCAACGCCGAUUACGCAACAAGAAAAGCUAUCAUGCUGUUGUUAGGAGACAUGAUCCCGAAAUUAAAAGGCCGACAGACGAAAGGAGGUUCAGCAGAGUCGAGCAGUAAUACCGUUCCCAGUAGUAAGAAAAAUAAAAAGAAAAGAUAGUACAUUAUAAAUACAAUAUUUUUAUAUUUUUAAAGAAUGUGAGUUUGUUGUGGCGAAUAAAGUUACGGUAACCGACGAUUAUAUUACAGAUUUCUUGAGUUGGAAAUGUUAUCGGCAUAAUCUUACGCGUGGUUUUAGUGAACACGGGAUUAUUUUAACGGGAUUAUUCGGAGAACUGUAAAAGAACAUUUAUUGUGUUUAAUAAAUUAAUUCCUGUAA